CGUUGAUUUCCGCCUCUCCCCUCCCCCCCCCCACCCUCUCUCUUGUUUUCUCCGUUGUUUUUUUUCCUCCUUGUCUGUCUCGCGCGCAAGCGCACGCGCGCGCUCGCCAGGUGUGAGGCGGCGCUUUUUUCCCCCCCUCAGGGGCGUCUUUUUGUCGCCGUGAGGCGCGUGUCCGGCCACUCCGGGUUGUGGGUUUUUUUUUUUUUUUGGUACCACACACUACCACCACACACCUCUCCCCUGACAGGCCUCCGGGGGGGCCUUUCCUUUCUGGCGCCUGUUUUAGCCGAGGCCCCCCGGGUUUCCCGCCCCCGGGGAGUUAUGUCGGAACAGGCGGGCUUAGUAGUGUCGCAGACCCUGGACAGGAGUUGCUGGGUUUGUUUUGCUACUGAUGAGGAUGACAGAACAGCGGAAUGGGUGAGACCGUGCAGAUGUAGAGGGUCCACGAAAUGGGUUCACCAAACAUGUCUACAGCGUUGGGUGGACGAAAAACAAAGAGGAAACAGCACAGCUCGAGUUGCCUGUCCGCAGUGCAAUGCAGAAUACUUGAUAGUGUUUCCAAAGCUAGGUCCAGUUGUUUAUGUCUUGGACUUAGCAGAUCGUCUUAUCUCAAAAGCCUGUCCAUUUGCUGCAGCUGGAAUAAUGGUGGGCUCUAUCUACUGGACAGCUGUCACCUAUGGAGCUGUAACAGUGAUGCAGGUUGUGGGUCAUAAAGAGGGCCUCGAUGUCAUGGAGAGGGCAGAUCCAUUAUUCCUGUUAAUUGGACUUCCAACCAUCCCAGUUAUGCUUAUAUUGGGAAAGAUGAUCCGCUGGGAAGACUAUGUGCUUAGAUUGUGGCGAAAGUACUCUAACAAACUGCAGAUACUGAACAGCAUAUUUCCAGGGAUUGGAUGUCCUGUUCCUCGUAUUCCAGCUGAGGCUAACCCUUUAGCAGAUCAUGUCUCCGCCACUCGUAUCCUAUGUGGAGCUCUUGUCUUUCCCACAAUCGCCACAAUAGUGGGAAAAUUGAUGUUCAGCAGUGUUAAUUCUAAUCUUCAAAGAACAAUUUUGGGUGGAAUUGCUUUUGUUGCUAUAAAAGGAGCUUUCAAAGUCUACUUCAAACAGCAGCAAUAUCUGCGACAAGCUCAUCGGAAAAUUUUAAACUACCCUGAGCAAGAAGGAGCAUAAAUGACUACAAUACGCCUGUCAAGACUCUUACAAUCUCAUUUCCUAUAUUCUGCAACGAUUCUAUUAGUUAGCUACAGGAGCCGAGAUUGGAUGAGAUGCUGCUGCAUUUUGUAUCUCUCCCCUUUCCACAUAGACUAAUAAAAGACUAUAAUGUCAAGGUGAAUCCUACUUAGUUGUUAAGCUUAAGAAUGUAAUUUGUUUCCAUUAAUGUAUUUUUCUUUGUGGCAGGAGACAUCUGAAUCCAUUUCUUGUGGGGAUAUAUUGCCUUUUGGGGGUUUUCUGAAACAGCCAAACACUUAUGAAGUCAAUAAAUUAUGUGCAGACUGUUUUGAAAUAUCUUUUGUAUGCUCAUUGCAGUAAAUUCAUAACUCUUUGCUAGUCAGCAACCACCUGUCGAAGUAGCCGACGUUUCUAGAAUGUUAAAAAUUGAACAUGCUUGUUCUUAAUAAGCACUUGGAAUAUUAACGUAAUAUUUUUUUUUAUUUAAAAGUUUCAUCUGAUGGUUUACCUUUGCAUUGUAAGUUGUACUACAUACAACUGAGUCGCGUUUGCCUGCUGUGAAAUGAAAACAGUGAAUCACAAUCUGCUUGUAACCAAGUUGCAAUAUUGGAGUUAUUGCUUUGUACCAAUGUACUAUGGAAUCCCAGUCAAACGAUGGAUAUUAUUAGUCCAAGAUAAAUAUAAAAGUUAAGGUUCAAAACCAGGACGGAUAACAUGCAGCUAUAUGUAGAAGUAUUCUGCAUAUACUUCCAAAAGUAUUCAGGAAAUUAUAAACAUAAUACAAAUUGUAUUUACUAGUAGGGCUUUUUAAAAUAGAAAUUGUUUUCAUAUUUUACUCCUAUGACAUCUGGUACUUUACUGGUUUUGUUUUGAGAAUGCAUUUUCUAAGUCUUUUUGAUUUUGAGGGAAUCUCCCAGCAAAUACUUGGAGUAGUGGUACUAGUUCUACAUACGCACACAGGGAAGCCCUUCUCUAGUAAACAAAAUGGGUUUCUUAGAACAUAAAAGACUUGAGAUUUAGGAAUGGUACUUGAGCAAUCUUUUUCUCGACAAAAGAAAUAAGCAUAUCAGUGUGAAGUCGUAUUUAUCUAUGUAAUCAAUUCCAAUUCCUGGGAUUACUGGUGGCAUUUGUGUCGGCAGCAUUAGAGAACUAGAUAAUGCUAGAUUCAACAGAGUAAUAUUCACUGUAAAUGGUAGAAACCUAUUCUUUUUAAGAAUUGCUAAAUAAUUCUUCAUCAGAAAUGAAAGAAAAUGGGCUUCAUGUUCGUUUGCAAUAAUGUAUGCUAACAAAGUACGAUUUUUCUGAAGUGAGCAUUAUUUUAACUAUAGAAAUGUACUAUUUUAAAAUGUAUAAAAUGUAUAUUAUGACCAACUAGUAUUCCAGUAUUAAAGUACGUGAAGAAAUAUAAAGUGUAGAAUACUAGUUGUAUCUUCUAACUAUUGAGAAGAAAUACAAGGUUAAUUCAGUUGGACUCUGGAAUUAUUACACCCAGAGAGCGCGAGAGAGCUGCAUUUGCAAACUGCUGGAUUUCUUCAUGGAUUUCCAGUCCUAUAAAUACUUCGUAAAAUUCUUUUGAGGAAAAGUCUUGUGGGUGUUAUUUCUGGUAUAGGCGCUUUGUUACCUGCUGGGUUUUUUUUAAAAGAUAACACAUAGUCUCAUAAUGUCACCUGGUGCAGUGUGUGGAUUUGAAAUUUAUUCUGUGAUUAAACUCCAUAAGACUAUUCUGUACCUUCUGAUUCAAAUGUACUGUGAAUAAUGUGGAAUUAUUUUCAAUUCAGUAGCAAAACCAUUAUUCUGUUGUGCUGUUUAAUGUUUCUGUUGUUGUGAUCACAUAUUGAAUUAGAUUGAAUAAAUUUUUUUACAUUUAA